GUACAACGUAUUAAGGUGGUAUCGUGCUCCCUCCCUCCACUCCCCAUACACAUUAUUUGCUCUGUUAACUCCUGUAUUCUUUCUUUUUUUUCUUCUUAUUUUUUCUUAUUUGUACUGUAAUGACAUCGGUAUCUAGGGCCCGACAAAGUCCCCGCAACCCAUCGUUCUGCUGUAACCCUCGGCUCGGCCUGGCGCAAUUUUUUCCCUGAUUGUUCCUGAAGAAAGCUCGUGUUGGUCUUGGCUGCUUUGUUCCAAUAUUUACUUUUACAGGCCUUGACUGCCUACCUACCCACCUGCUUUUGCCUGCCCGCCCGCUUUUGCUACCUCUAUCCAGUAAAAUCCUGGGCAGCAAGCAACAUAGACUUUGUUAUACAACGUUGUCAAGGACGGAAAAUAAGUCAGAAAACAAUGAAGUUCAACAGUGGUCUUCUCGCCGGCGCUGCCGUCUUCAUUGCCGGCAUCGCCACGGCCCAGGAUUGUGUCAGCGUCGCCUUGUCGGUCAUCCCGUCGUGCGCACAGCCUUGCUUCCUCAACGGCGCCCCGACCAUUGGCUGCGCCGGCACAGACUUCAAGUGCCAGUGCCAGCAGCAGGCCAAGAUGUUUGCGGCCGUUGAGAGUUGCGUGCAGAAGAGUUGUCCGGAGUCUGAGUUCCAAAAGACCAUUGACGGAUCUGACAAGGUCUGCACCUGCGCGUCUGGAGGUUCCUCUUCAAACAACGUCGGAGCGACCGGAAACACUGUCCAGCCGUCCAGCUUCAUCCCUAGCCCAACCUCUGCUGCUUCUAUCACCACAUCCAGCGCAGCGCCAACUGGGACCACGUCUGCUCAACCAUCCACAGUUCCGUCAGCCGCCGCCGCAAAUAUGGCCGGUGUAGAGCGCGGCAUCAUUAUUGGUGCUGUGGGUGGUGCACUUUGGGCAGCGCUCGGGAUGUGAGCAGCCCACUGAUAGGCGGAGGCGACUCUGGUUCUAGAAACCUUUUGGUCCAAACCCCCAGAACAUAAAUCUUCUUCGAGCUGUACAUAUUUAGCGUCCAACAUUAAUAAUACUACUCAAUAAUCAAGCCAAUUGAAGCUUGCCCGAGACUGCCGAUUACUUAGACAAGCAGGAGAGUCAAUUAAAGAAAGACGGCAAAUGCAGACCCGGAUGCCAUGCCGCUGCAUCACAGCAGUGAUGAAAAAGGCUUCAUAUCAACUACCGAAUGAGAGGUACAAGUCGGGAGUGUCGACGCGGUCUUUUGGGCAGACUGAUCAACUCUGGUUGGUCAGUUUAUAUUGGCGCGCCGCUCCGACAUGGGAAUUCUCCUCAUUUGGGUCAAAUCACUCAAGCUUUCAUCUACAUGAUGCCGACCGGACAAUUUAUCCGCUUGUCGAUCUCGAAUGCUGUUGGAGAGCUAGGCAUUACCAUAUGACCGUGGGACCAAUGUAUUGGUUUUGUCGCCGGGAAACUUGAUUGUAUAAUUGGAGCUUCAUUACAGAACAAGAACAAGAACAAGAACUAAAACCAGAUGCAUACUUCGUAUGGGUCAUGGAAGACUUCACACCAAGUGGUCGUAGGUUUUUCUCUCCUUAUAAGCCACCCGUACCAGGCCUAGGCCUUUCUUCUGUAGCUUUCACGCUCGAACCCCAACUCUUCUCACAUCCUCUCUAUC